GCCGCUCACAGUCGCAAUACGAAUUUAGAGCUUCGCACACGCUGAAGCUCAGUCGAACUAAAAGAAAAAAAAUAAUGAAACUAUUGCACGUUGUGCUGCUUUGCCUGGGUCUGUGGCUCUGCCUGUGUCCGGUUCCUGGAGAGGCGCGACGACUGCAGCGCGAGGCUAAUGCGGCGCCCGAGCCGGUGCUGAAUGCGGAGCUGGCGGCCGGUGAGUCGCUGAAGUCGGAGGAGUUUGUGUCGGAUGCAACGACCACGCCGAAGCCGCUGGGCAUUGUCUCCAUCAAAUCGCGGGCCAUCGCCAUGGACCGUGCCCUGUGCAAGGAGCAGUCGCGCUACCAUCCCCACUUCCCCAAGUGCUAUCAGUACUGCAAGCGGCUCGACCACUGGAUUGGCCAGUGCUGGCGCGAGAGCUGUCACUGCAUCUCCUGAAUGCAACGCAGCUAAACUACCAGUUCCAGUUCCAGCUCCAGCUCCAGCUCCCGCUCCAUUCACAUUUCCAGCCCACCUUGCGAUGCAGACCCAGCAACUGUUCCAGCACGCAACUGCUCCAGCUCCAGCUCCAGCUUCAAUCCCAGCUGCUGUUUCUGUAUCUAGUUCAUCUUCAAUUCCAGUUUUAGUUCCAGUCAUCAUGCUCCCGGUUCUAGCUAAAGUGCACAAUGGAUUUAGUUUCAGCUCGAAUUCCAGCUUUAGCAACUGCAUCAGCUUCAGCUCCAGCUCAAGGGAUCUAGUUGCAGUUCUAGUUCCAGCUCAGCAUUACUCACUGACUCCAGCUCAAGUUGCAACCUAAGCUAGUUCCAUCCACAGUUCUACUUCCAGCUCCAGUUCCUAGACUAGUUUCCUCAAAUUUGCUACUUGCGGUUCUAGAUCCAGCUCCGGUUCCAGUUCCAGCUUCAUUUCCAGCUCCAGUUGCAGCUCCGGCUCCAGCUUUAGGUUCAGCUCCGGUUCCAGCUUCAGUUCCAGCACCAGUUCCAGCUCCAGUUCCAGCUCCAGUUCCAGUACCAGUUCCAGCUUCAUUUACAGUUGUAGUUCCAUCUGUACUUCCAACUUCAAGUCCAACUUCAGGUUCAGCUCCGGUUCCAGCUCCAGUUCCAGCACCAGUUCCAGCUCAAGCUCCAGCUCCAGUUCCAGCUUCAUUUACAGUUGUAGUUCCAUCUGUACUUCCAACUUCGGUACCAGUUCCAACUCCAGCUUUGGCUCCAAUUCCAGUACUAUCUCUAUGUGCAACUAGUUCCAGUGCCUGUUGCCAAUCCAGCUUUGGCUCCAGUUCCAGUUCAAUCCCUACAGCUACAGCCAGCUCCCGUUCCGGUUCCACUUCCGUCUAAAAAUCCAGCUCUAGUGCAGGCUGCAGCCUCCAGCUUAAGCUCUAUUAACAACUUUCACUGAACUUCAGCUUCUGCUCCGGGUCCAGCAACUACUCCAGUUCCGACUGCACCCUCAGCCGGCACUACAACUGCUCCAGCUCUUCCGUCAACACUUCAACACAAUUUCCAGCAUGCUCACCUUUGCCAGCUUGCACCGCCUCCUCAGCCGGAGGUCCACUUGCAAACUUUGUACUUACAUAAUUCUAAGAUUUGUUUCAUUAGCUGCCCAUUACUCACACUUAUCUGUGCACUUGUGCCUCGCUUCUCUCUUGUGCACCGCCUGCCAUUCACACUUAUCUCUCUGUUUGCAUCCGCACUAAGCCUUAGCUUUACAAGAUUUCGAGUUUCUGCUGAUUAAAGAUGCAACAAAUGUUGUUGAGCUAAUUUCCUGUGCCUAAUUAAUAA